GACGUGGCUCUGCUGGAGAUCCCUGCAGACCUCGCUGCCCUCCUGCACUUAGCCGAAGGUCAAUAUCGAACACAGGCCAACCAGAUAACCGAGGCCUUGCCUCCAGAAGUCAAGGUCAAAGAUGACCUUUCCCUCCCACCCGCCAUCAACAGCUAUCCUUUCUCCUCCUUCAUUAAGUCACACUUCCAGAAGACAGAUUUCCCUGGUCCCGGUCAGCCUCUGCAGCACCCUUUAACCCAUCUGGACGCUGAAUACCAGGAGAGCACGCUUGAGAUCAACAAACUGAUUUUGCGGUUCAUUGGUGACAAGAGCCUCCAUGGCUGGCAGGAGGUACUUCUGGGCAACUACAUCGCUGGGAGAGGUCUGAAUAAUGUGGCUCUGCGCAAUGAAAUCUUCAGUCAGGUGGUUGCCCAGACAUGGAAAAACCCAGACAUGGAGCACAGCCAGAGAGCCUGGGUCCUGAUGGCGACUUUGCUGAGCUGCUUUGCCCCUUCACCAGCACUGGAGAAGCCGUUGCUGAAAUUUGUGUCAGACCAUGGCAUGGAGGGCUACAACGCUGUUUGCCAGCGCAAGAUCUUGACAGCAGCACAGCACACAGAAACAGACUCUACACUCUCUCGGGCCUACCCUCCCACUCAGCUGGAGUGGACUGCAAACCAGAGGAGAGGGAAGAUGGUGCUGGAUGUUCAUACCUUUAAUGAGGAGAAGUUCUCAGCUGAGGUGGAAUCCUGGAUGACUGGGGAGCAGUAUGCAGGCUGGCUCCUGAGCACAAGGGGCUGUGAGAAGUCUCGAGGAUGGUCUGUCUCCAUGUUUACUGGCAACACAUGGCAGGACCUGCUGGGCUGUGACUUUGUGCUGGACCUCAUUGGAGAGAUGGAGGAAGCUGGCAACCUCAGCAGCACCUCUCAGUCCUCAGUUGAGUACCCCAUCACUCCUGAAAGGGACAGAAGCUUCCUCCAGAACUCUGACCUGUAUUCGAUCCCUCCUGCUCCAGGCAUCCGAGCCCCUACCUUCCCACCACCUAGCCUGCCACCAGAAUUCAGCAGUCUCCAUCCAGAUCCAAGAUUCAGAGAUGACCUGAGGACUCCUGCAAGCUUGGAUCACUAUGUGGAUGACCUCUUCAGCACUGUGCUGCAUCAAGGCUCCAGAGUACCAGAUAUGGAGAACAGGGACAUUCUGAAUGAAUGCAUGAAAGGAGGCUUCUCUGGUAUGACUCAAGCACCAGUUUACCAGCCUAUGCCUUCAACGAUGGGGAUGCCAGCAGCCAUGCCUAUGAUGCCAGCAACUGGUGGGAUUGCACCUAUGCCAGCCAUGGUUAUGCCCCAGCCUGUGGUUCCAGCUGUAGAUCCCAACCAGUUAGCAGCACAACAGCAAGCCUUUAUCAACCAGCAAGCCAUGCUCAUGGUUUAUGACUACAUGGAAGACCAGUUCUCCAACAGUGAAGAUGAUGACUAUCCUCGGGAAACUUUCCAGCAGAAGAGAGAAUAUUUUCAGAAGAUGGGAGAGCAACAGAUCCGAGUGAAGAAAGUCAGGCCUCCUUCCAAAUCCUGGACACCUCCAGAAAAUCCCCAGCCAAAGCAGGAGAAGGAGAAGGAAGAAGUGCAGAAGAAGGAAGAGGUGCAGGAGAAGACGACAGAAAAGAAGCCCAGCCCUAAAACAGAGGCAGCUCCUGCUCCCCCUUUGCCACCUCCUGAGCCAAAGCCAAAAAAGGAGACACCAAAAGCGAAGAAGGAGCCACCUGUAGUGAAGCCUUCGGGCCCUGAGUCGCGGCCUGCACCCAGCCGGGAGAUCCGCAACAUCAUCAAAAUGUACCAGAGCAGGCCAGCUCCUGAGCCCCAGCCCAUCGAGCCUGCCAGGAGAGUGUCCAAGCCAUUUACGAAGAAGAACGACCCCAAAAAUGAGGCUCUGGCCAAGUUGGGAAUGAUGAACCUCCCGUCUCCCAAACCUCCAGCCCCACUGCCACAAAAGAAGAAAUCGCCUCCAUCUCUCAAGCCCAAGCCAGGCUCAGCUUCCAGCUCUAUCAAGGAGAAGCAGUUGCCUCUCCUGUCCCUCUUCAGCCAAGGGAACCCUACUGUAACAGUAGCAGAAGAUGAUGAUAUCAAGACCCAGCUGUACAAGCUCACUGCCAGUGUCAGCUUUUCCUAUGCCAACCCUGCCUGGAAAAUCUUUCUGCGCAAGGAGGUGUUUUACCCCAAAGAAAACUUCAGUCACCCUUAUUGUCUGAAUUUGCUGUGUGAACAGAUCAUGCGUGACACCUUCUCCGAUUCCUGCCUUCGGAUCUCUAGGGAGGAGAAGCGCAAGAUGAAAGACCUGCUGAUCGAGCUCCGGGUUGGCAACGAUGUUCAGUCCAUUCAGGAGGAUGGGAUAAAGAAGAGGAUUGUCCUGGCUGCUCGGGAUAACUGGGCUAACUAUUUUUCCCGGCUCUUUCCAGUUCAUGGCGAAAGUGGAAGUGAUGUGCAGAUCCUGGGUGUUUCUCACCGGGGCAUGCGGCUGCUGAAGGUGGUGAAAGCAGCUGGCUAUAAUCCUGAGCACCUGAAGAUUCUUCGCAGCUACAGCUUUGCAGAUGUGCUGUCAGUGGAACUGAAGGGCAGCAAUGCCCUGGAGUUCUCUCUGAAGACAGAGCAGCUCUUCCUGCACUCUCCGAAGGCUCCAUGUAUCAAGGCCAUGGUGGAACUCUUCAUCCAGGAGCUGAGGCAGGAUACCAACUACGUUGUUGCUCUGCGCAGCUACAUCACAGAUGACAAGAGCCUCCUUAGCUUCAAGAAGGGUGACCUCAUUGAGUUACUGCCCAUGCAAGGCGUGGAGCCAGGCUGGCAGUUUGGCUCCACUGGUGGCCGCUGUGGUAUUUUCCCCACCAGCCUAGUGCAAUUGGCUGCAGCCCCUGACUACCUCAGCACUAGCAUGGACAGACGUGGAGGGCUGCGGAAGAGCAUGAAAGCAGAGAGCAGGAACACCAGAAUGGAGAGUUCUGUUCCAAGCCUGACAUCAGAACCCAACAGCAUCAUGUUAGUCCCUGUUGGUGAUCAUUAUACCAUGAUGGACUUCGCCACAGCCUACUUCCGAGAGGCUCAGUCCAUGCAGGGACUGAAGGGGAUGUCUGCUGAAAAGAGUGCAGCUGGCCUGGUCCAGCACACCAAGGUCCCAAUCCAGGAGUCUUUGCUCCAGUACUCUGACAGUGAGCUGAAUGAGCUUGCUACAAAGAACUUCAAGACUCUGAUGCGGUUCAUGGGAGAUCAACCAAAACUCAAGAACCAGAAUGAGGUUGAAUGCAUCUAUGAAAUCCUUCAGCUAUGCAUGGAGAAGGAGAGUUUGCAUGAUGAGGUCUACUGCCAGGUCAUCAAACAGGUCACCCACAACCCUAACCAGGAGAGCGUGCUGCGUGGUUGGCUACUCCUAAACCUUCUAACUGGGUACUUCCUCCCUUCUAACAUCCUGAUGCCCUAUGCCACCAAGUUCCUGCAGCUAGCCAGCAGUGAUCCAUCCAGCACCCACCAUGAUAUAGCCAAGAUCUGUCAGAGCAACCUGCGGAAAAAUUUCAUGUACGGGGGCCGUCGCCACCUUCCUUUCCCUGUGGAGAUAGAGGCAUUGCUGAAAGGGCGCAGUGCCCGCCGGCUGGUGGUACUGAUGCCUGGAGGCGUGGAAUACCUCACCAGAAUCAAGACAUUCACUGUGGCCAAGGAGCUCUUGCAGGAGAUCUGUGAGCAGAUGGGGGCAGGCGAACAGGAAGAGAUACAGGAAUUUGUUCUUUUUGCCAUCAGGAGUGACAGCGAUCAUCUUGAUAACAUGGUGAGGCCGGUAAGAUCAGAGGAGUAUCUUCACGAUUACCUGCUGGAGGACAAAUUGGUCACUGUGAGUUUACGCAGGCUCAUCUGGAGGACACCUGUGCACUUUGAGAACAAAAUUUAUACUGAUGUUCAUUAUGGACAGGUGCUGUGGGAUUACCUGCAUGGGAGGAUACUGCUGAGCCAUAGCAAAGAAACGGAGAUGCAGGUGGGCAUUUUGGCAAUGCUCCAGCACUGGGCCAGAACUGAGCAGCAGAACUCUGCUCCCUCCAGGGAAGAGCUGAGGGAGUACACGCCAAAGACCCUGCAGUCCUCCAUCAGUCUCCAGGCUCUGGAGAACCAUGUCGGCAUGCUCCUGAGAACCAGGCAGCCCCUCCAGCCAAUGGAUGCAAAAAUCCAGUUCAUAGAGCACGUGAUGAAAUUUCCUUUCUUUGGCUACAACAUCUACUUUGUAGAGAGAGUCAGCGAUAACACAAUCUCUGUGCCCUGUUUCUUUGGCGUGAAUAAAGAAGAAAUCAUUGCAGUGCAUGGCACUACCCAGGCGAUCUCCUCUGUGAUUCCACUGAAAGAGCUGCAGAAGAUGCGAACCCUGCGGCCUGUCUCUGAUGGUGGGCUUCCCGGCAUCGAACUGAACUAUGGCUCAGCUGCCAGCCCCAAGACGAUGUGGCUGGAACUCUCACAGGCUAAAGAAAUGUAUCACACCAUUGUGGUCAUCCUGGAUAAAACAGAGUUGCACCACUAA